AUGUCCAAAGACUUUAAGUCAAUAACUCCCAUUCCGAACGGUUCGCAGAUGGUGGACAUUAUCCUCUCGAAGACUCAGAGGAAAACGCCCACCGUUGUCCGACCCGGUUUCAAGAUCCAGCGUAUUCAAGCUUUCUAUAUGAGAAAAGUGAAAUUCACACAGCAGAACAUUAUCGAGCGUUUCCAGCUCAUUCUGGACCAGUUUCCUCACUUGGAGGAAAUCCACCCGUUCUUUGCAGAUCUAAUCAACGUGCUGUACGACCGCGACCACUACAAACUGGCUCUGGGUCAGAUCAACACUGCUAAGAAUGUGGUAGCCCAAAUCGGUCAGGACUACGUGCGUCUGCUGAAGUACGCGGAGUCUCUCUACCGCUGCAAGCAGCUGAAGCACGCGGCUCUGGGUCGUAUGUGCACGGUGAUGAAGAAGCUGAACGCGUCUCUGUGCUACCUGGAAGAAGUCCGCAAGCACAUGAACCGUCUGCCCGCGAUCGACCCAACGGACCGCACGCUGAUUCUGUGCGGGUUCCCGAACGUGGGUAAAUCGAGCUUCAUGAACAAAGUGACGCGCGCGAACGUGGACGUGCAGCCCUACGCGUUCACGACGAAGUCGCUCUUCCUGGGCCACAUGGACUACGAGUACAUCCGGUGGCAAGUGAUCGACACGCCCGGCAUCCUGGACCACCCCAUCGAGGAGCGCAACACCAUCGAAAUGCAGAGCAUCACCGCGCUGGCCCACCUCCAGGCCUCCAUUCUCUUCUUCGUCGACCUCAGCGGCCAGUGCAACUACUCCAUCGACGAGCAGCUCUCUCUCUUCCGCAGCAUCCACCCGCUCUUCGUCGGCAAGCCGCUCUUCUUCGUCUGCACCAAGGCCGACGUCCUCGCCUUCCCCGACCUUCCCGCCGACGAGCAGGCCAAGAUCAACCAGGCCAUCGAGCAGAGCGGCGCCACGCUCAUGCACAUCUCCACGCUCACCGAGCAGGGCGUCAUGGAGCUCCGCAACGCCGCCUGCGAGCAGCUGCUCAAGCUCCGCAUCACCGCCAAGCUCUCCAGCCAGAAGUCCCGCGCCGUCGUCGACCGCCUGCAGAUCGUGCAGCCCAAGCCGCGCGACGACAAGCAGCGCGGCGUGUCGAUCCCCGACAGCGUGCUGCAGCUCCGCGCCGCCAACGCGCAGACGCGCACGGUGAUCUCGACGGGCCGCACGGGCCGGCUGGAGAAGGAGGAGAUGGAGAAGCAGCGCGACGCGGCGGGCAUUCCGCGACGCGUCGGGUACGACAAGAAGCAGUGGGAGUUCGGCGGGCCGGGCCGGUUCAGCUUCCCCGAGACGGAGCAUUAUCGAGGCCAGCUGGCGAACGACGAGUGGAUCACGGAUAUCAUCCCGCAGUUUAUGGACGGGAAGAACGUGGCGGACUUCUACGACCCCGACAUCGAAGCCAAGCUGGCGGCGCUGGAGGCGGAGGAGCUGCAGCUGUCGGCGGAGUUCGAGGCGGAGCAGAAGCCGGAGGAGGACGCGGACUACGACGCGUGGCUGCAGAAGACGUACCAGCUGAUCCAGGACAAGACGGCGAUGCUGCGGAACGAGCGGAUCCUGGGGAAGGAGACGAACCACCCGACGGUGGGGCGGAAGGAGACGGGCAUCAAGCUGGACCAGAUGGUGAAGGAGAUGAGCGAUUUGGGGCUGGAGGUCGAGGAGGUCGAGAAGAAGUCCGCGAAGCGGUCGCGCAGCCGGCUGGCGGAGCGCAUCGGGCAGAGCGAGGAGCUGCAGAAGGAGCUGGAGCGCGCGAAGACGCACUCGCGGAAGCCGCAGAAGGACAUCCGCGAUUUGGACGAAGGACUGCGGAAGAGAGCAAGAGCUGCUUCGCAGCUUAGUCAGAGACGGAUGAAGCUGACUGGGCAGAAGGGAGAGGGAGAUCGGUUCAAUAAGGCGAGCUUGGAGAAACACUUGUAUGCGGGAAAGAGGACGAAUGGAACGCACAGAUCUCGAUAAGAGGAGUUUUUGUUCUUUUAUUAGG